AAUAAAUGAUUGCACUUGUGAAAGGCGGUCUUAAAAAUUUCAUCUUUCUAAAUUGCUAACAUGGAACCACUUUAUCACCAAACGAAUCGAAUGCUGCAGGAAAUCGAGCAGAAUUUCCAGAAGUUGGCGCAAACAAACGGUCCUGACACGACAAAUGUUGAGAAUGAUAUUCAAAUGAAAAUUACUGCUGCAAAUUCGAACUGUGACCGUCUAGAUGUGUUACUUUAUAAAGUACCGGCUUCUCAACGCCCAAGUGCAAAAAUGCGUAUCGACCAGUUAAAAUAUGAUAUUCGACAUUUACAGGGUUCAUUGCAACUUUAUCGGGAAAAACGACAGCGGCGCUUGGUAGAAAUUUCCGAACGUGAGCAGCUAUUAAGUCACCGCUUUUCAAGCAAUUCUAAUGCAACAGAAACGUGCCUAGACAUAGACUAUUCCUUGCAACAUCACACGCAACUAAACAAUGCACAUCAAGGAGUAGAUGAUAUGAUUGCUUCUGGAGGCAAUAUAUUAACUAGUUUAAUAAAUCAGCGGGAAACACUAAAGGGUGCUCAACGUCGAAUCCAUUCUAUCGGCAGCACCCUUGGUCUAUCUAAUCACACUAUGAAGUUAAUUGAGCGUCGUUUUGUAGAGGAUAAAUAUAUAAUGUUAGGUGGCAUGGGUGUUACAUUGCUUAUUAUUGGAUUAGUCAUUUAUUUUGUAGUAUUUUGAGUAAAACUAAUAGGAAAAGUAUGUGAAAUUAUAAUUAAUUUUUUUUACUACUAAUUAUAAUUUAAAAUAUGAGUAGGUUGAAAUACGCUAUAAGAUCUAUAUUUAAGUUUUAACAUCCUAAUUUGGAGGUAAAUAAAUGUCGACAUCAAAAGAAAUCCAGCUAAGUGCUGCGGAAAUAACGUGGUUUUCCCCUUAA